AUGGAAGAUGAACAGUUUUUACCCAUUUGCAAAUGCAAGCAGAAUGUAGGAAGCCUUGAAAGUAAAGCAGAUGAGGCUCCAUCACUCUUCACCGAGCCACUGGAUGCAAAGGGUACUGAAGAAGAUGUAAAAGGUCAUGAAAAGAAGAAUCAGAGCAGCUCAAAUGCAUAUGAAGAUAAAGACCUUGAUAACAUACUAGACAGUGAUGAAAAAGGAAAGAAGGAAAAUAAUUACCCCUCUCCUCCAAUGUUCUCUCCUCAGCAAGAUGAAAUCCUAGCUACAGUAACUUUUGGUGAAGCAGAGGGCUCAUCCACAGGAAAAAUCACACUCUGGGGCAAGCCAGAUUCUGUAGAGUCCAUUACCUUGACUACAGGAAAAAUUACUGCAGAAGUGAAAUGUGGUUCCUUUAAUGUGAAAGUGGAAAUUAAGAAUGUUUCUUUGUUUGAUUCUGGAACAAAUAUUAUAGCUGAAAAAAGGAAAAGUUCAAAGAACAACAAAUGUCAUGAAAGAAAAUACCAGAAAAGCCAGUGCUCAAAAUGUUCAGAGUACCAGUGUUCUUCAACUGUCCAUUCAGUAGAACACAGCGGAAAAUAUAAGGCAUUCUCUAAACAUAAAAGUCAAAAUGCCAUCACCAAAAAUGCCUCUCUGAAAAUGAACAUUGAAGCAAAAGAAAUUAAAGUCGAAUACACCUGCAGAAAGAAAAAUCUAAAAGUUAACAUCAAACCUGUUGAACAGCCACAGAAUGAAACCUGCAGCAAGGAACAUGAAGGUAUGUAUUGGAGUGAAACAGAUUAUUCUGUGACAGAGACACCUUGCAAUAUAGAUUGUAACUCAUCUUUUAGCUUUCAUGAAAAAGUAGACUGUACAUUCCCAGCUGGAUGUACACUUCUCCCUCCACCUAAAGAAUUUGCUGACUGUGAUGAAAUGCAUUUGGAUACAAUCACAGAGGGGGUAUCUUCAUACCCUGUUAAUGACAGCAGGGAAUCUGACAACAUCUCUACAGCCUUGGAAAUCUGGGGGGAAGAAAAUUAUUUCUGUAAAUAUAACAAAAAGGACUAUGAAGACCACACCAAUGAAAAGGGAGAUUUUUCAAAAGAUAAAAUACUUUUCUCAAAAAUAAAUAAUACGAAUUGUCUUGUAGCUAGUAACAGCUUGAAUAACCCAAACACUGGGAAGGAGUGUAUCAGUAAGAAUGUAUUAGGUCAAGUAGGAAAUAACCAUGACAAAUGCAAAGACACAGGACAAAAGCCAGCAAGAAGAAAGUCUUUCCCAGAUACUACCCUUGAUGUACCAUCACCAGUUCACCCUAGAAGGGAUUCUGGCUUUUAUUCAUUGCCAUCCUUAAAAGUAUUGCCUAAGGAAACCAAAACAGGAGAUAUAUACAACAGGAACUCACAUGUUCAUGCCAUCUAUACAGAACUUUGUAAGUAUCCUGACUUGACCUCCUCACUGAGAAGUUUAAGAAAUCUUAAGUCUUCAUAUCAGUGUGCUUUCACAUCAUUUGAUCAUAAUAUUACCAUUUAUCCAUGUGACCCUGAGGAAAGUCUAGAUGAUGCUUGUUUACUGAAUGACUAUGCAGCGUAUUUGGGGCAAAGGGAAGAAACUGAAGAAACACUAAUAGACAAUUUUCAUUCCAGUGGUAUUAUAAAUGAGAAAAAAGAAAAUAGGCAUGAAGAGCCUCUGAGAAACCUAGCCACAUGGCAGAAAGACUCUGAAAUUACUGAAGAAGCUUUAGAUGAAAGGAUAUCAGAGUACAACCACCUAGAAAAGCAUAUUGAAUCACAAAAUGAAGUUCAACUGGUUCAAGUCUCUCCAUGUUCUAGAAGCUCUUCAGGUCAAUUUAUUAAUGACAAGGAAAAUACUAAUUAUACAUAUACAGAAAGCACCCCAAACCUGCUUUUAGCUUUACAGCAAAAUGUUCAGCCACCUCCUGCAGAGCCUGAGAUAGCCAAGAGGAGGGGAUCAGUAUUAACUGUGAUAACUGGAGAAUUAGAACGAAGACUCAUCCAAGGUGACACAAAAUCAAUGCCUGAUUCUUUCUGCUUUGCAGUAAGAAAAGAGCCUAAACUUCCCUGUAGUUUACAAGAAAAAUCAUUGCUGUCAUCCUUGCUAUUAGACCCCAAAGAGCAUGAUAUAAAUACUGAACUAGAAAGCUUUUCUGAGAUACAAGACAUACCUGGGAAUAUCCUUGCUGAUUCUGAUUGCCAUAAUGAUUCUACACAGGCUGACAUAUUUUCUACCUCUUCAGCACAUACAGAAAAGAAAGACAACUCCACAGAAUACUCUAAUGCUAAGGGAAGACCAGAAGACUUUUGUAGUAAACAGUUAAUUGAUAUCCUAAGGACAGAGCCUGGAGCACGUCAACUGUCUCAGAUAGCCAAAUCCAACUCUGAUGAAAUUGAGAAAAAGAUUGAAAUGAGAGAAGAUUUUCAUCAGAAUGCAGAUAUCCUCACACUGUCAGUAAAACAGAUUAGCCAGAAAGAGUUGAAAUCAGAAAUGAACAAAACCAGAAAACUGCCUUUGAUGAAAGACACCAGAGCAAGUGAUAGUUCCCAGGAAGAAGCAAUAGACCAGUGGGCCAGAAGACGAAAACAGUUCAAAGACAGCAAAAAAUGCAGUUCAGCUGGAGGAAGCUCCAUAAAUAGCACAAUCACUGAAGGAUCAAUAAAUUCAGAGGAUGCUCGGUCACUAGAUCCAGGACUACAUUCUGAAAAUGAGGACAGAGGUUUUUAUACAGAAAACUUCCAUUCUGCUGCCUGGGUUUUCAGAGGAGAUGAUAUCUCUCCAGGUAACAGCCCUAGAUGUCUCAGCAAAAGGCCGAGACCAGUGGCAAUUCGUGAAAGAACGGUGAAGAUUGCUAAAGGAACGGGCAAUUAUCCUUGGGGCUUCAGAAUCCAGUUCUCAAAGCCUAUCCUUGUGACUGAAGUUGACACAAACAGUGCAGCUGAAGAAGCAGGGCUUCAGGUUGGGGAUAUUCUGAUUGCAGUCAAUGGAACUGAUGUCACCAGCAUGCCACAUUCAGAGGCUGCCAAUCUGGCAAGGAAAGGUCCUGAUAUACUCACUAUGGUGGUGGGAUCAGAUAUCAGCCGUUACCCUAACACCCCCAGACCUACCUGCCGAGGAUAUUUGCAUAAACGAACACAGUCAGCAAUACUGAAGGGUUGGAGAAAGAGGUGGUUUGUGCUGAAACAUAAUGGCUACCUACACUAUUACAAACACAAGAAGAUAUUUUUGUCUUAG